AUGAGCUUCCGACCAAUACUGCCACGGCCAAUUGCAGUGCGGGAAGCGAAUUCACUAUGUCUGCAAUGUUGGAGGAGGCUCGCCAAAGCGCCGCUACAAUCGCGACAGACAUUUUCGUCCAUUUCGUCGCAUAGAGAAGGCGCUGUAGCCUCUAGGGGACGCCCGUAUACAGUCGGCAAAGAUUAUUUCCGGGCGAACCCGAUAUUGAAAGAGACAUUUUGGACGUCGAGGCAAGAACUGCAGAGUUCGAUUGUAUCCAUUCGGAGCGGGAAUGGCCAGCUAGGAGCGAAAGAGCAUGCCACGGCUACAGCAGAUGAAGUGCUACCACACAGGCGGCGGAAGAAGGCAAAGGAGGAUGCAGCAGCAGUAGAGAACACUGAAGCGGCAUAUCCUAUUCCACACGAUGCAUCCUCCAAACUCGCACACAUAUCCUCGAGCCUACCGCAGCAGUCGCUCAAGCGCAUAUUGACUACAUACCUUUCGCUAUCGAAACCCCGCCUGUCCUUCCUCGUCGUCCUCACAGCCACGGCUGCGUACUCGCUAUAUCCCGUUCCUGGCCUGCUUGCGCCUGCAGCAACAGCCACGCCCUCCCUUUCGACCCUCACACUAUUCUUCCUCACAUCUGGUACGGCGCUAUGCUCGGCCUCGGCGAAUGCCUUCAACAUGAUCAUGGAGCCUGCCCACGACGCCAAAAUGAGCAGGACGCGUAACCGACCACUUGUGCGAAAGCUGAUCAGCCCUCGAGGCGCCAUCAUCUUUGCCAUCGCAUGUGGACUUGUUGGAACAGGCGCCCUCUACUACGGCGUGAACCCCACCACUGCUUUUCUCGGCGCAGCGAACAUCUUCCUCUAUGCUGGCAUCUACACGCCCAUGAAGCGCAUGCAUGUACUGAACACCUGGGUCGGUGCGAUAGUAGGAGGCAUUCCACCAUUGAUGGGCUGGACGGCUGCGGCAAAUCAAUAUGCGUACCACGGUACAUGGGAUGAGCUGCUGUUCGGCGAGGGCUCCGCUGGCGGAUGGCUGUGCGCUGCGCUUCUCUACGCCUGGCAAUUCCCCCACUUCAACGCGCUCAGCUGGGCUAUACGCGACGAGUACAAGAACGCUGGCUAUCGCAUGUUAGCAUGGGUGAACCCCGCCAUGAACGGCCGCGUCGCAUUACGAUAUUCGAUACUAAUGUUUCCUAUCUGCAUCGGACUAUCCUACUGCGGCGUCACAGACUGGAGCUACGUAAUCACGAGCAGUGCAGUCAAUGGCUGGAUGACGCUCAAAGCUUGGCAGUUCUGGAAGGCCGGGGGGCACAAGGGAACAGCGAGAGGUUUGUUCUGGGCCAGUAUCUGGCACCUUCCCAUUGUCAUGGUUCUGGCCAUGGCUCAAAAGAAGGGACUUGGAGAGCGCAUCUACCGGAGUUUAUUCGGAUAUGCCGACAUUGAUGAAGAAGACCUCUAUUAUGAGGUCGGUAAACUCGAGGAAGAAGAGCAGAAACACUUGGCCCUCGUCCAAGGUAGACGAGACACAUAAGAUCCACAUGUUCUGAGCCCACAUUGCGUGCCUGAAUUAUUGCGGCAUUACCGACGAUCGCUCGAUCAACAGGUACAUGUUUCUAUGCCCCACUGUAUCAUGUAUCAUCACGUCCUACUUAGGCAGUUGGACUCGGGUGUAACGGAUAUAAGCUUCGUGGUCGAUAGUAAUUCAUAGCGUCGUCCCGGGUUUCCC